AGCCGAGUCUGGCGGUCGAGUUGGUACAGUCAAAAUGGCGCCCGCUUGCUUACUCGACGCUGAGUUGAUCCGUCUGUGAAUAUUAGCCGGCUAGUUUAGAUUUUAAUCCCCGUAUCGUCGUAUUUCUUCGCUCGGAGUGGGGUCUCACUGGCCGAACACACGGCGGCGGCGGCGGCGUCAUGUCGGACUCGGAGGAGGACAGCCAGGACCGACAGCUUAAAAUUGUUGUCAUCGGUGACGGCGCUUGCGGGAAGACUUCACUCGCAACCAGGUUUGCUCAGGAGGCCUUUGGGAAGCAGUACAAACAAACCAUUGGCCUAGAUUUUUUUCUGAAGAGAAUAAGCCUUCCAGGCAAUCUGAAUGUGACCCUGCAGGUGUGGGACAUUGGAGGCCAAACGUUAGGAGGGAAAAUGCUGGAUAAAUACGUGUACGGAGCUCACGGGGUCCUCCUUGUGUAUGACAUCACUAACUACCAAAGCUUUGAGAAUCUGGAGGAUUGGUUCACCGUGGUGAAAAAGGCCAAUGAGGAGUGUGAUGUCCAGCCUGUUGUUUGCUUGGUAGGAAACAAAAUCGACCUGGAGCACAUGAGAACGGUGAAGGCCGACAAGCACCAGCGCUUUUGCCAAGAGAACAGCCUCAUCAGUCAGUUCGUGUCGGCUAAGACUGGGGACUCGGUGUAUCUUUGUUUCCAGAGGGUUGCGGCUGAGAUUCUCGGUGUGAAGCUGAACAAAGCUGAAAUAGAACAGUCCCAGAGGAUCGUGAAGGCCGAGCUGGUCAACUACCCUCAGGAUGAAGGCCCGUUUAGACAAGAGAACUGCCAGCAAAGCAAAAUAUGUUCGGUUCAGUAGUUGGAACGUGUGGUCAAAGCGGACAUCGUAAACUACAGUCAGGACAUGAUGGCCCGGACGGUCAACCAUCCUCGCAGCUCCAUGUGUGCGGUGCAGUGAGUCCACACAAAGCCACCACGAUGCCAUCUCAUCAGUCAGUCAGUCAGUAUUUUACUCCCGGGCUGACUUGUUCAAACUGUCGUCUGUACUCGUGUGUGUCCCUCGUACGGCUCAACUGAAGAACACAAGGCGUUAAUUUAGUGACAAACCACCAAUCAGCUCUCAUUUUAUUCCUGUGAUUUAUCUGCGGAUCAGAAUUUAUGUUCAUGGGUUAGUGUCUGUCGCUCCCUCGCAACAACAACAGAAUGUGUUUUUGGUUUAAAGACAGAUGAAAAUCAACAAGGUAUUACAACAGUUUGGAGACAUUUGGGAAUGUGUCAUGCUAAAAUUAAUUAGCGCUUUGUUUUCCACAGUAGACUAGUGAGCAUAAUUUGCAAACGACAAGACUUUUUUAAAUCGCACAUUUCUUGAUGAUUCUAGUUAAAUCAUGCUCAGCUAUUAAGAGUAUUUCCUCUCUAAAUAUGUAUCUUUACGCACUUCAAUGGCAACAGUGUUGAUAAAGCCUUAGAAGAGAUGUUUACAUGUACGUAUUGUUAGUGAAGAGUGACACAUUGUUAGUAGUUUAUAGACUAUAUGUAAUUGUUGACAUUUAAACAUGGCAUCCAUCAAAAGCGCCACCGUACCCAUCAAAACAAUACUAGAAGUCGUUAAAUGUGCACAUCUAGAUUUCCGCUAUGUAAAUAAAAUGAUGAUAACUUGCAUAUGUACAGUUUUAACUGAUGAUUGCUUAGCUGGUUUGUGUUUUUAAAUAAAAGGUUUAUGUUGAAUAUAAGAAUUGCUAAGUGGAUGUGGUUUCAAUUAGUUGAGGUAGCAAAGUAUUAGUAGUUUCUUUGCAAUCUUUCACUCAUCUAAUCCAUGCUUACUGUGAACUGAUGAUAAUGGUGAUGGAAGCUGUGUGCUGGAUAAGAACAUUUCAGACUUAAGUAUCCGUGUGUUGAAAUUUAAGCAUGAGGGGCUGAAACAUGACCACUCCCGCUCCCUCCCUAUACAGCGCUAGCCAAGUCGCUGGUGGCUAAUGAUCCACCUGGUCUUUGCUCUGUAAAUCUUCACUAAAAUAGCCACGAAAUCCACUCUGGACAGAUGAUACAAACACCUUAUAAAAGCUUGUAAACGCUAUUAAUUAAUCACUAAAUAGCGCAGCCUUUUGUUAUAUGAGGGGUCUGUGUUCAAGGCCCUUUUUUUGCCCCGUCAGUGUCACUGAAACCAGUGGAUUAAGUGCCUUUGAAACCGCACAGAUAAACAAAACAAAGACAGUAUCUCUCCAACCAGGUGUUGGCCUCAAUGACGACUACAAACAGGGUAGAAAUGGUCGGCCCAGCUCGGGUCAUUCAAGCCCCAUGUGCAUUGUUUCGCUCGAGUGGAUGUCUUAGGAAUUGUCUCGGCUGGAUUUUUUUUUUUUUGUCGAGAGCUGUCACCAGUGUUGACAGGCGAGAGUUGCCCUUGGCUUUGCUGCUGUUUGGACAGGUGUUUUUGCAAAGAAAACAACCGCAGUCCAUUUCCAAGCUCAGACCUGCACUAUAUUGUCGCGUCUACAGACGGAAGCAAAAAAUAUCAGCGCAGGAAUAAUGCUGGGGAAAGGGUGAGCCUUUGCCACCCUGGCGUGCAUGUCGAGGUUGGACGGCUCAAAACUGAACUUCCUGUUUGCUUAGCGACUUGGUGUGAGGCAUUGUUGCUAAUGAACAAUGUAUCACAAAUGGUUAUCAUUCCUGGCGUAAAAAGUAAAAUCUGGGUAGCACUCAUUAGUCAUUAUAAUGACUUCAAAUAAAUAUUGAUCAAUUUAACAAACGACGUUCGUAUAGAAAACACCAGAACACGUGAAAAUAAUGUAAGUUCCAAUGCUAAUCCUACGACAUAAUGAAAUCAUCCAUCCAUUUUCUAUACCGCUCAUCCUCAUUAAGGUUUUGGGUGGGCAGCUGGGUACACUCUGGACUAGUUGUCAGCCAAUGCAAAAUGCUAAUGAAAAAAAUACCACUCAUCAAACAGGUCGGUACAAAAAAACAACAACAACACAACUUAACAAACAGUUCAGGCAACCAGGAAAAAAGCCAAAGCGAACACAACAAUUGCUCAAGAACAAAGCAAAAGUUUUGUCUUAUUGUAUGUAUUAUUUCCAAAGUGAACAGUAAAACUUGGGUAGGAUUACAAAACCAUUGACAGAUUGAAAUUGUGGCAAAGUUUGUGCUUACACGGCACACAACUCUAGUGUUACUACCGAUGCUUAUGCUAAUACAAAAGGUGUCCAGGCAGGUCUACCAGUACAGUAAUACCUUGACUUAUGAGUUGAAUUCAUUGACCAAUACAUACAAAUAGCACUUUAUUGUAUAAAAACAUAAUACAACAUAAUCAAAGAGAAUGUAAAGAAAUAAACUGGUUUUAUUAAAGUGUAAUUCCUGUAUGGUGACACAAGCCAAGUCACAACAGCAGCUGUAGUGUUGUUUGUGGCCGAGUGAGCGAUGUCAGGAACAUGGCCGUUUACGUUACGUUUACGUCUGUGCGUGUUAGCUUGCUGUUCAGUGUGAGUGUCUUCUCCAACCUCUGCUAGGUUUCUCUUUUUAUAUUUGUUUGUUUAGCUGUUUUUACCAUUCAAUAAACGGCUGAAAGUGCA